CGUCUCGCUCGUCUCCGACCACAUUCUCGUCGUCUCUGACAGACUGCAGCUACUCGAGUGGCCGAAUCAAACAGAAGUAAGGAGAACGACUCGGAACUGACGGGCAUCGACGGAGUAGAGACUGGCGCUGCGUGGGCCAUCCCCCAAGCUCUCAGCUCUGCUUUUUCCCCUCCUCAGACAUCGUUUAAUCAAAGCCGCUGAGAAGGACGUGCCGCUCGAGUCGUGUGGAGCACACUAUUGCAUCUUACCCACCAAGAUCAAAUCAGUCCACUCGAGGUGUUUGACGACAUCUCUUCUCGCACGACAUUCCCACUAUGUCUGCACGACAGUCUCGCUCAGCAAGCAUACCGAUACCCCCUAGUUCUGUCACGCGCAGCUUGGAAAGCGUGAUACCCAUGUCAUUCAGCCCUUCGCCUGCACCGCGAAUGGCGCGUGUUCCCAGUGGUGGUACGUCUGUCAGCUUCAACUUGGGCCGGAGUGUCCCGCCACCCAUGCGAUCUGCCUCGACAAGCUAUGCAUCUGCAACCAUGACAGCCGUUGCCGUUCCUCGCGGGCGCACCUCUGGUCCUGCCCAAGCUAACUCUCCUCCUGCAUUUGAGCCGCGCAUCAUCGGCGGCGCGACAUCUCCCACCCCGUCUCGUGAUCCGGCUUGUAACCCUCCGUACUCUCCGUCUACGUCUCCAGCGCGUCCUCGACGCUUGAGCUCUGGUAUCCGCACCCAGUCUGCUGUCAGCACAAGCCCGGUUGCCCAUCGUGUACCUCCCCCUAGUAAUGUGGGCCAUCCCCCGAUCCAUAGCUUCCCGCGGCCGGCGUAUUUGGACAAUUCUUCACUGCGGGACAUGCUUCACACGGAACCCGCGCCAUCCGUCAUUGCCAACAGCUCUCGCCCUUCAAGCUACGCAGCGUCUAGCCACGACGUUCGGGCAGGCACCAGCCCUCCCCCCGCGACGUCCUAUUCGUAUUUCCGUCGGGAGGUCACCCCUGCGGGAGACAGCGAUGACGAGAGCAUCGUUGCUACCGCGAGUCCUCCGCCCGCUGUGGGCGCGGUUACUGUACUCAGCACGAACACUAUACUAAUGCUGCCGACUAGGUGGAGCGAGCAGGACCGUACCCCCGCGUUGAGCGUGUCGCUUGAUGGGCGGGACCUGAUAUUUACCGGCCCCUCUUGCAUGGGUGACCGCGAGUCUGGUGCAGCUCGGGCGAACCACGCUAUCCCUCCCGCAUGUGGGAUCUACUACUACGAAGUAGAGAUCCUGCACAAGUGUCCGAAGGGUCCCAUCAGCAUUGGCUUCUCUGCGCCCGAUGUGCGGCUGUCGCGACUGCCCGGAUGGGAGAAGAACAGCUGGGGAUAUCAUGCUGACGAUGGCUGGGCUUUCCCCGGACACAAGGAUGGCAGUCCGUACGGUCCAACGUUCGAUACCGGGGACGUCAUCGGCUGCGGAAUCGACUUCAGUGUGAACAGAGUCUUCUACACCAAGAAUGGAGGCUUCCUCGGGACGGUGUUCGAGAACGUCGGGAAGACGACGGAAAUCUACCCGUGCAUAGGGAUGAGGCAGACGAACGAGUCUAUACGGGCGAACUUCGGUGACUCGCCGUUCCGGUUCGCCAUCGAAGAGCAUGUGCGGGCGCAACGAGAUGCUGUCUGGGGGAACAUCAUGAGCACGCGAGUUGACUGGAGCUUGCUCGGACUCGGGCCGAGGAAGACGGAGGAAGAGCGCAAGGCCGAGGACGUGAAGGCGGCGGCAGAGAAGGAGAAGGGCGUUGUCGAGGACGAAGAGGAGUCUCGUGCGCCCCUCCGCAAGCUUGUCUUGGCAUACCUCGCCCAUCACGGAUACGCACGCACGGCGCGGGCGUUCCAAAGGCAGUGCGCAGAGCGUACCGCCGCUAUGGCCAACAAGGCCCCCGUCCAGCCCAAGACGGAACUACAUGAUGACGAGGACGUCAAGAUGGCGGUCGACGACGCCCCUGCCGUCGCGAGCAACCCGGUGCCUAGCGCGGCUUACGACCUGGAUCCUGACUUCAGGUUCGACAGUGAGCUGAAUACACGCUUAUCGAUCACGAACGCCAUCGUGCGCGGGGAAAUCGACACCGCACUCUCGCUCAUUAGUGAACACCAUGUGACCGUGCUCGAGCGCGAACAGGGGCUCGUCCUCUUCCGCCUCCGCUGCCGUAAGUUCGUCGAGCUUGUCCUCGCGGCCGGUGAGGCGCUCCGCCGCGUCAAAGAGGCCGAGCGCACCGUCGCGGGUACGCCGGAGCCUGCUCCGCCCGCCAGUCCCGCUGUGGACGGGGAGGACGUGAUGGGGACGAUGGAUGGAUUGGGCGCGAUGGACGUGGACGACCCAUCGCCGGAGGCCCACCCUGAGUCGUCCAUGUCCGUCUCGGGCCCCAUCGCCGCUCCAACACCCUCUGUGCUCUCCGCUCCAACUGCCAUGUCCUCUGUUCCGUCCCCCGUGGCGACACCCGUGCAGGACAUGCACGCCGCGCUGGCAGCGGCGGCGCGCACAUCGCUGCACACUGCGCUCAGCUACGGCCAGACGCUCGAGGCGGACUACAAGAGUGACACCCGGCCUGGGGUGCGUGCGCAUCUGCGGCGCACAUUUGGCGUUGUCGCGUACGACGAUCCGAUCGCGGCUGGCGGGGAGGUCGCAGAGAUCGCUGGGCAGGCAGCAAGGAACGCCCUCGCGGCGGAGGUAAACCAGGCCAUCCUUGAGUCGCAAGGCCGCCCGGCCCACCCUGCGCUCGAGACGCUGUUCCGGCAGGCAGGGGCCUGUGUGACCCAGCUCGGCUUGCUGGGAGUCGGCUCGGCUGCGUUCGCGGACGUGCGCAGGGAGUUCAUCGAGGGGUAACACUUGGAGAAAGGCAGGAAGCGCAAAGUACCGCGGAGGAUUGUAUAAUACCAUUUUUCUCGCUCUAGCUGUGAACUCGACUCGGUUCGUGCUGUCUUACGCAUGCAUGAUAUCUGUACUAUUGCUACUAUGUGAGAUAGGAUAGCUGUUACUUGUACGUAUUACUAGCUGCUGUGUAGGUUCGAAUGAUGCAUCCCCUC